UAUAUAAAUAAGCAUCGACUAGCUGAGAAAAUUCAUACAACACCACUCUGCAAGUCUACAGAUCUGAGCAUCGCCGUCGAUACUGCCAUUUUCAUCUCCGAUUACCAAAAUGAUUGAUGAUCAGGACUUGGGUUUCUUUGCCAACUUCCUCGGUAUCUUCAUAUUUGUGCUGGUCAUUGCUUAUCACUAUGUGGUGGCGGACCCAAAAUACGAGGGCAACUAAAGAUCCUCCCUCCGUAUCCGUAUGUAGACUAUGUUAAAGUACAAUUUUCAUGUGACGAGAAAUUUCAGGGAACAAAAGAUACAUUUGAUGUCGUAGGAGACAUUUAAUUUAGCCUUACUUUCAAUUUAUGGAUAAUCUUUGAAAAUAGGACAAAUCGGAAAAGAACUUUAUUUUUCUAUACUAUCGGAUUUUUGGUUUCAAGUUUUGCUAUUUGGUUUUGUUAUCUUUAAUGUUUUUAUUGCAUUUGUCGAGGACGCAAUUUUGCUCCGAGAACUUGCAUAUA